AUGACUAAACGACGUGCGCACCGAAAGUCACGAGGUGGAUGCGCCGAAUGCAAACGCCGCCAUAUCAAGUGUGGCGAAGAAAAGCCCUCAUGUUUACAUUGUAUACGCUAUAACAUACCUUGCAUCUAUCGUCAAGCCUUAACGGCUGCCAGCGACGUAGUAUCCGCUGAAGACUCGUCACCCCAAUCAGACCCUUCGUGGCAAUCCAUUGGGUUAGACGACUAUAUUGAUGGCUCCCCUGGCGUUAUCAGCGCAACAACGGGGGCGUCAAAAGAUCUUUUCAAGAUGAAAGACAUGGCCCUUUUACAUCACUGGAUCACUGUUGCAGGCUAUAGCAUCCUCAACACACAUGAGCUCGAUUACUACUGGCAUUCAGUCAUACCAUCAAUUGGUUUCAAUCACCAAUAUGUAAUGCACAGCAUCCUCAGCCUCUCGGCCCUGCACCUCGUCCACUCAAGUCCUUCUGACAGAGGUUCUUCUUUGCUUGUUGCGACAGAACAUCGUAGUAAGGCGCUCGACGGGUUUACGGAAGACCUCCGCAAUGUUGGACCUAGUAACAGCAGCGCUCUCUUCGCGAACGCAAUGUUGACUUUCUUCUAUGCGUUUGUUUCGUUCAGCAAGACGUUCGAUGAUGUGUGCGCCAACACAAAAGUUCGAACAGCUCACAUACUUGGAGCUGAAUGGAUUCUUCUGGUUCGCGGCACUGCCGAUGUGCUUGAACCUGUCUACGAUCACGUUCGAGAAGGACCGCUUCGCUCAUUUCUGGACCUCCACAACUUCGACAAUCUUGAUCCUACAGACAGCGUUCAUACCAGCGCUUUCAGUAAACGGCUCGUGGAGAUAAAUAAUAUCUGGGCCGCAGACGAACACGCUGAAGUCUACAAUGAGACUUUGCAUAUCUUACGAAGGUGCAGUGUGUGGAUGGAGCAAUUCGGCACUAUGCAAGAUGGCGUUGAAGUAUCUUGGGGAUAUAACAGAUUUUACUCUGGGCCAUUUAUCUGGCUCUUCAGUGCUCCGAGGAAGUAUUUUGUCUUACAGCAGCAGCGACAGCCACCUGCAUUGAUCAUCUUCGCCUAUUACGGGACCUUGCUACACCGAUUAAACAGCUACUGGUGGGCGGAGGGUUGUGGACAAAGCAUCGUUAGUACUGUCCAUGGAUGUUUGGGACCUUACUGGAGCUCGUGGAUAGAUUGGCCGAAGCAGGCCGUAGGACUACCGUGUCCGUGCGCGUAA